AUGACAAACAGGUCGGAGUUCACAGAUGUGCUCCAGUCGCGGGAUCCAUGUGCCAGUAAUGGAAUUGUUAUCAACAUAGACCCUAUAGACCCAGAGCCAACUCCUAUUCAAAAAGAGUUCAUCUGUGAAAACACAUAUCAACAUUAUGAACAUCAUGGGAAUUCGGAAGGUUUCAAAACGUUGACGGCGUUUUUGUGCCUCAUGCUUUCUGCAUUUCUCAAUUUCUUCCUUCUCACUGUGAUUCACGAUGUCGUGCCUAGAGAGCCACUUCCUGAUCUCACGUUCAUGAUCAUUCCACAACAGAGAUGGGCAUGGAGUGUUGGAGAUGUUCUGUCUACUGUCAGUUCUAUCGUCGCAUUCACUAUCAUUUUCCUUCAUCACCAGCGGUGGAUUGUCCUUCGUCGUACAUUCAUUUUGGGUGCCAUCAUGUACGGUCUUCGUGCUGUGAUUCUUGGGGUCACGUUCCUGCCUCCUUCAUUUCACAACAGAGACGAGAUAUGUCAGCCACAAGUGAACCGAACUGCAAUGUACGGUAUGGAAAUCGCAACUAGAUUUCUCACUUAUGUGAUAACACUAGGACUUACUUCUGGACAGGAUAAGAUUCUUUGUGGAGACCUGAUGUUCAGCGGACAUACCGUUGUACUCACAAUCAUGUAUUUUGUCCAGCUGCAGUACACGCCGAGAGGACUGGUUAUUCUCAGAUACAUCGCCGCGCCUAUCACUUUUCUUGGCAUUGGAGCGCUUGUCGUGUCAGGCGGCCACUAUACAAUGGAUGUGCUGAUUGCAUACUGGUUGACGAGUCACGUUUUCUGGUCUUAUCACCAAAUUUUCGAAAUGAAAAAGGAGGACAGACCUCAGGCGCCACUGAGUAGACUUUGGUGGUUCUGGUUGUGCUACUGGUUUGAAUCUGAUGUUUCUGACGGAAAACUGAUUAACAAGUGGAGCUGGCCGUUGGAGAGUCCACAAAAGAUGCAUUCCAUCAUGAAUCGCAUUAAUCUCAAACUCCAAUAG